UUCUGGGAAGAAAACCAAUUUUCCCUAAUUUCCUUGCUAGAAAUGGCACACAAGGGAGUUUAUGGCUUGGUUACUGACAUAAAUGGGAAGCCGGCCGGCAACGCAACUAUCGCUGUUGAACAAGGUAAAACCAUACGAGCAACCAGUGCGGGUGAAUACUGGAGAAUCCUCCCACCUGGGAAACAUCUUCUAACCGCUGAAGCUCCUGGAUUGGAAAUGGAAAAAUUCGAAGUGGAAGUGAAAGACGUGCUGAUUCGUCAUGACUUCAAGCUUAAGACUUGUCACGAUCAAGACAUUACUCAGUCAAUAAUCAUGCGUGGAACUGGCAGAGUUCGUAUAGCAGUCGUGGGCAUCGGAUCAGGCUGUACUGGAGGGCUGCGAAGUGCAGCUGAAUUGCCGCUAAACCUCAAAGAAACUAGUUUAGGGCUAAUUUCGUAA